CCGGAUCACAACGACGCCGUCAUUAUCACCUGGAAGAUGGCGACCCAGCAAGUAGCGGAGAGCCGCGCCGCUGAGAUGCUGGAGGAGAUGAUCAAAUCUACGCACCAUCUGGAUGAGAUCCUCCAACGCAUGUGUGCUGCCGAUACUCUAGACCCAGAGCAGACCAAAAGUCACGAUGAAAUUGUCGACGAGAGUGACACCGAGUUCCAAGACUGCGUCGAUGCACCAGGUGAAGAAGUUAAAGAGGUGUCGCCAGAAUUAUACUUUGAGACUGUAAUGAAGGCGUUUCGAGCUGCUGGUGGAGGGAAAAUUGAGAUUCCGUCCUCUGCAGUGGACAUUGAAAAGUUAUCGGACAGUUUGGGUGGGGCUUUAUCAGUUCGAUUUGCCAGCUGCACUCGAGACACGUCGUUCACGUUCCCGUUGCUGCUUCCAACACCUUCUGACAAAAGUUUUGACGUGAUUUCGUCUCCGGUAUUGGAGUCUAAUGUAUCGUACAGCUACUUUAUCUCUCGGUUAAGGCAGCAAAUCGUUGCUUGUGACCAUAUUGUACCGGUGGAACGCGCCGACAAAGCAGCACAGUUGGCGUUUUUACUGCUAGAAGAGCAACAGCGACGUCUACUCGGUGCCAUCAGCAACCGGUUCCCGUAUCAACGUGAAUCGGUCUACUGGGUGCAGAGCAAUCGAGUGUGCGAGGUUACUGUCCAAGAAGCCGAGCGCGACAACCAGUGGGGGCUGCAACUCAAGCUACACGUGUCUUCACAUCUUCGAGCGCGAACUGACUCUGACGACUCGAAUCGGCAGAAUCCAAGCGACUCAUCCGAUGCAGGACUGUCUUCUUGUACACGUUGUCUGGUAUUUCUUCCCAAAACGUGCUACCUGGAUAAAGACGCCACGUUCCUGACGUCCAUAGCAGUUGAACUCGCGCUACACGCUUCGGAGAAGGAAAAAUGCAGUUCUCAAGAGUCGAGCAAUGGUUCGAGAGAGCAUUUUGAAGACCAGAGUGCUAGUGUACAUACUUUCGACUCUACACAGCUGCCAGAGAUGCUCACUGUGUUGCGUUGGGGCUCACACGACGAAAACCCUGUCUUGGACAAUCAAAACAGCGCACAACCAGUGAACAGAGCGAACACCUUCACGAAGGUUGAUAUUGAAACGCCAUUUCCGAGAAAUCGCAUUGUGCAGGCCGCUUGCAGUCGCUUUCACACGCUUUUUCUCAACGAUAUGGGGUUGGUGUUCUCAUACGGACACACGUUGGACGGUGCGUUGGGGCUCGGCUAUGAAUUGAGCGGCUACGUAGCUCAGCCUUCUUUGGUGGACUACUUCUUCGACAAUCUAAUCGUUGUGCAGGACAUCUCUUGUGGUGGAGACCAAUUAGUUGGAGCACAUUCUGCAGCUGUCAGUCAAGAUGGAGAGCUGUAUACGUGGGGAGUGGGGAUCGCUUUGGGAAGAGGGACACUCAGGAGUGCGUCAACACCUCAACGAAUAACCUUACCAUCAGUGGAGACCAAUGUGAAUGGAGCCACGUCGACCGUCGGCUCCGUCUCUUGCGGUAGUGGGUUUUGUGUCGCUCUAACACGUGAAGGACACGCCUUCUCAUGGGGAAAAUGGAGCGACGGGCGUCUUGGACUCGGACGGAUUCCAAUUAUCGCUCGGACAUCUCGACGGCAUGGAGGUGGAGCUGUAAGGAAGCAGUUCCAGUCAUUUCAAUUGACACCGAGGCAGAUUCAGAGUAUUCACACGGGUCAAGUGAACUCUGCACGUCACGAAGAUCCUUUGCUCUCGAAGGUAUCCUGUGGAGAUGCCCAUUGUGUUGGUCUUACUAGAGCUGGUACUCUUGUUACUUGGGGAAGAGGUAACAGCGGCCAACAGGGUCGAGGCGAUGUCAGUGACGCUCUUACCCCCACAGCAGUGUUUAAAGAAUACGUGCACAAACAGUGGCGUGAUGUUGCGGCUGGUGAGAAUUGGAGUAUGGGGCUUUCAGUCGACGGACAAGUGUGGACGUGGGGUGCGUGUGGUGGCGCGGUGCUCGGUCACGGACUGUACGGCAGCCAGAAGAAUGCUCUAUUAGCUGAAACGAUCCUCCAACGCCAUCAGCGGCUUCUCUCACAGCGCAAAAAGUCAUCAAUGGCGUCUUCAUCAUGCCCUCGAUUACCGCAACUGAAGUGGAUGACUCCCCAGAGGAUGCCGUGCUUUGCCACGCCCGAUAUGCGCAUUUGUUGGGUCAGUGCAGGAGCUCAACAUGCCGCAGCUAUCUCAGACACCGGAGACCUCUACAUGUGGGGCGAAGGAUACGCUGACGACUCAGACAGUCUGGUUCUUUCCAGUCUACCGAAGCUUGUGAACUCCGGUCAAAGAAAAAUGGCAGUUGUGAACGUGGAAGACUCAUACGCUGCGAUUGUGCGAGUGCUUCGCUUCAUUUACUACGACCAGGUCGCGCUACAGCAGUUGAAGAGGAACGAAGAGACCGAUGCAGAUGUAAGUGAUCAACUCCUGGAAGAUCUCGUGGCAGCGGACAAGUACGGAUUGGAGCGAAUGAAGCGUUUGUGCGAGCACGCGAUUGCUCUGAACACAGCCAACUGCCUUGAAGUCCUGAUCGUUGCCGAGUUGGUACAUGCCGCACAUCUGAAGCAGGUGGCCAUGCGAUACAUACAGACAAAUCUCUCAGACGUGACAGCUCGGCGAGAAGAAUUUCAACGUUUCCAGGAAGAUUUUCCUCAAUUACUAGAAGAACUUUACACCAGUCUCCGUGAUGCAAGUCGAGACGAAUAUUUACUCAGAGAAUGGCAUACGGAAGUGGGGACCAGCUUGGCUGCCCAGCGUGAAGAACAAGAGCUACAAUGGGGCAAAAAGUCAGAUACAGCAACGUUCCCAUGGGUGCCACUGAGUUUAACUGUGGCUUUUGGCACCAUGUACUUGUCCAUGAUGCACGCUCAAGAGCAUGAGUUUUCUGCAGUCCCCGCUACUAACUUAGUAGCGAUCGCCGCUAUUGGAGGAGCCAUCAUGAUGGGAUAUCUGUAGAUUACAACGAGGCUUCUUACUGCGAAGCAUGUGAGCCACAUCUGGACUGCUGGUCGUCAAGGCGAAGCGAAUGCUGUCUGCAUCACACCGAUCUCGCAGAAUCUCCACUACGUCUGCAUAUCCCUUUACAGCGGCUAUGUCGAAUGCGCAAAUGAUGCUGGAACUCUCGCUUUUAUCCAUCAAAUUCUCUACCACAGCAGCAUGGCCAUUCGCAGCAGCACAAACCAACGCACAGCCUAUAGUGCGUCGAUUCACUCUCUCCAGUAGCAUUUGUACCAGCACGAGAAGUCCAAGACUGGCUGCAUCAGAGAAUACUCCAGUAUACGCGGCUAGAUCGCAUCUCCCGAGUACUAGCGUUACCAUUUCCGGGUUAGCGUCCGAUGCAGCACGUAGCAGAAUCCGCUCGACCAUUUUUCCAGUACUUUUGGUUAGUAAAAGUUCCAACAAUUUCUGUCGAUCCUGUACCGCAGCAAAGACUGCAGCCUCCACAAUAGCAUCUGGACUGCUUUUCUUGACCAAUUCAGCCAACAAGUCCGGGUAAUUAUUCUCCACUGCGAUCAGUAAGGCACGUCUCGGGUG